AUGAAUUUUAAUGUGUGGAAUAUAAAAGAGAUGAUGAGUAUUCCCUCAGGCUCAGGGUAUAAUGAGCCUAGUAUUUUGACAAAGUACCAGACAAAGCCUCAGUUGUUUGGAGAUGAUACAAAGGAUGAAGUUUCUCCAAACUUCUCUCUUCCUUUGCCAGCUGUCAAAUUAAAAGGCCUUUUGAGACAGUUUGAAGAGAAAAAGAAAUGGGCAACAGACAAAGGUGACAGUGAGACACUGUGCAACCUUAUUUCCCACAUCGGAGAAAGCAUUUUUAGGUUGCAGACAUCUGUGGAGAAGUCUGAGGAACAUCUCAGUUCAAGAAGCCAAACUCUUUUGGAUUCUUUAAAGAAUAUGACCAAUACAUUACAUGAGACUACACAGGUCCAGAACAAUCUGAUGUGUGAGGCAGUUCAAGACAAAGGUCACAGAGAGCAGGCCAGGCUUGAGAUACAGAAGAGAUUUGAAAAUAUACAAGAAGACUUUAUAGAAAUGAAGUCCAUUGUGAAGCACCUUGAAGCUGUAGUUAUCCAGCAGAGUAAGGACUUCCAGCAGCUUUCUGAACAGCUAGUGCAGCUGAAUGUGCCAAGUAUACUAGAUGACCUAAGACAUUUGAUCAGCAUGCUUCAACUAUCUAGGCAGGUGAAAAAUGGGACUUCUCAGACCUCACCUCUGUCCCAGAGCCUGCCUUGCACCAGGCAGGAAAAACAUAGCUCUGAGGAACCAAUGACUUGGCAAGCUGAGACUUCCCCUGCUUCAGGAAAAACCAGUAUGGGUUCCUUGAAACCUGGGGAAUUAAGUAUCUGGGAUGAGGGAGCAAAGACUAAUGCUCUCCAAGAAGAUGCUAUGCUCCCAGCAGUUGAGUCCUGUGAAGGGAGUGGGCACGUGGAGAACAGGGCAGCACAGAAUAACUGUAGUAAUCAGACUGUCAAUAAACUGAGUCCCCAGAACCAGGGCUCUGACCUUUCAAGCUCCAAGGCUUGUGAUGACAGAGCCCCACAGUUCAUAGGCCAGGGUUUUAUAACCAGUGUUAACAAGGGCAGCUCAGAGCAUGAAGGCCAGAGCAUGUUGUCAUGUGACCCAGGUGAACAGUUAGCAACUGGACAGAAAGGCAGGAUGGUAGAAAAGAAGAGGAAAGGCAAGAAGCAACAACGUAGGAAAGUUCGCAGAGGCUGGUACCCAGUUAGGAAGAAAGCACAAAUCCCAAGUGAUUCUAAACAUCAGGGUCCCCAGGCUCCAGUUUCUGGUCCACAAGGGCUCCCCCCAGGGCAGCAGGAACCCCAGGCUCAACCUUUACAUCAGGGUCCCAGAAGACUCAUGAAACCAUGCCAUGAUCUAAGAGGAGCAGUCCAACUCAGUGACAGAGCCAGGGCAACUCGAUCCACUAGGUGCUUUCCCCAAGACAAGCUGCAUUCUAGCAGUUCCCUAGAAGACCACCAGAUUAGCUGGUUUAAUAAUCUUAGCAAUGGAAAUUCAGAUCCUUCUCCAUGCAAGAAGAAAAAGACGACUUUGCUCUAUGACCUUGGUCUUGAUAGCAGUGACGACAGUGACAGUCAACAGUGA